AUGGGCUACAUCAUCAAUGAGUUAUAUCGCUUCCGUAUGCUUGUGGGAGGGGUAUACUUGGGCAUCCUCAUCAGCUCGUCCUACGGCUUUAGCAUCUUUACGGAACAUCUCAAGAGCAAGUAUGGCUUUACUCAAAGCGAAAUAAGUACUAUUAGUACAGUUGGGAACUGUACUGGUUAUCUCAGUUUUUUUGCGGGCAUGCUAUUUGAUUUCAUGGGGCCUAAGGUGGUAAUUUUCAUAUCAGGCUGCCUAGGCAGUUUAGGGUUUAUGCUUUAUGGUCUUGCCUUCGAUGACAUUAUUCCGAAUAAUCACAAUAGACAGUCAAUGCUGGUUCAGUUCUGCGUAUUUAACACCAUCCUCUAUCUUGGAUGUCCUUCCCUUGAUGUGUGUGCGUUGAUGUCGCUCAUGCUCAACUUUCCUCUUGAACGCGGGUAUAUGGUAAUUAUUCAAAAAACUUUUUCUGGCCUCGGUACCGCAGUGAUUGUGGCCUACUUUAAUGCCUGGUUCAACAAAAGCGGUGGCGCAAUGUAUAGUUCAUAUGCUUACUUCCUAGCAAGUCAGUUUGUUAUUUAUUCAAUUGUGGGGAUCCUUACGAUUGAUUUGCCACCCUACUUCAUGUGUGAUUACACGAAAAAGCGUGCAUCAGCGGAGGAGAGAGCAGAGCGGGAGGAGACACGAAAGUAUUUUAUGACUCAGCACGCCUCAAAACGCCGUUUGCUAAUCGGCUGUACACUGACUAUUCUGAUGUUGAUCUUCGCGAUUAUCACCUCCAUCGUAUUAGGAUCUGGGAAUGUCUCUGGGGGCGUACGUUUUGCCCUCGGCAUUAUCGCUCUCAUUCUGGUUCUUCUCUUUAUGGUCAUGGCGUUUCCAUUCCAAUUUUUUGGCCGCUACACGCCAAUCCGAAAAUCACAUCCAAAAUUCUCGGUUUUAGGUUUCCCAGAGGGUGACGAUCUACAGGUAACAGAGACCGUACUGGGCCCUGCGCCGGAGGAAAUCAACAACAAUAGGGAGCCAGAUCACGAUUGCUAUCCGGAUCAAAGCGCUGAGGGGGUUCGUGACAUAAGUCUCAAGAAUGAAGGUCAAACUUACCGCGAGGUAGGUUCUUUGGAGCACUUGCAAGAAACAUCGUCGGAGAAGUCAGAACAGGAGAUGCAAAGCGCACCACUGGGUGAUCCGCAAAUCCAUGGGAGCUUCUGGAGCCAUCUGCUGACUUUGGAUUUGUGGCUUCUGUGGAUCACUUUCUUUGGCGUGUGGGGAACGGCUACCGUGAUGAUUAUGAAUGCCGCACAACUGUACCGCAGCAUUAACAUGGGCAAGAUCACUAAUACACAACUAACUCUGUACAUUACAAUUAUUAGUCUCGGAAGCGCGAUUGGGAGGCUUUCAAGCGGCGUGAUCGAUAUGUGGCUACUGAAUAAAAGCCAGAAGGGGCGUGCUACCAUGUCGAUCACCGCGUUAUUACCAGUAUCUGCCCUCCUCUUGACAGUCGGCUACCUCCUUUUCGCCAUUGUUGGUGCUCAUAUUCUCAUUAUACCUUUCUUUUUGGUUUCGUUGGGCAACGGACUGGGAUGGGGUCUUGGUGGACUUACAAUUCGUGCCAUAUAUGCUGAGGAUCUCGGCAAACACUACAAUUUUAUGUUUCUAUCAGGCUUCGUUUGUACGAUCACACUUAAUCGAUUUAUGUUCGGUGAGAUGUAUGAUAGGAGGGCUGAAAGGUACGGCACUCUACCAGACUGCAACCACCCGGACUGCGUGCGCCCCCAAAUGUGGAUUCUCAUGGCUGCGGACUUCGUAUCACUGUUGUCAUCUCUAAUUUUGUAUUUCCGCUACAAGCGGUUCGUAAUGCGUGAACUCUUAAAGCGAAAGGAAUCUGCAUAG